CCCAGCCCGUCCAGAUGGCCUCUCCAAUAGAGAUUUCUGGCGCUCCAAAGCCUGAGGGCAUGGCGUCGGAUGUGGUGAUCACCAAGGGUAAACUGGGGAGCAAGUCCACCAUCACCACCUGCACCAACUGCAGACAGCGUGUGGAGACCAGAGUCAACUACAAGAGUGGAUCAUACUCCUGGUGCAUGUGUAUCCUUCUCAGUAGUUUUGGGUUGUUAUUAGGAUGCUGCCUCAUUCCAUUCUUUGCAAAGAGUUGCAAGGAUACUCAUCACUCCUGCCCCAAGUGUAAUGUUGAACUGAGUGUGCAUAAGAAGUGCUGUUAAAUGUGUGUGUGUGUGUGUGUGUGUGUGUGGUGUGUGGUGUGUGUGUGUGUGUGUGUGUGUGUGUGUGUUAAUAAGAGUUGCAAGGAUACUCAUCACUCCUGCCCCAAGUGUAAUGUUGAACUGAGUGUGCAUAAGAAGUGCUGUUAAAUGUGUGGAUGACACACACACACACACAUGCACAUAAAAAAUGUCAAAUUUUGUAUGUUUAU